AAAUAAGAUGCUUGAGGAGGUUCAGUGGGUUUUUCUACGAGUCGUCCAGCUGAUCAGGGACAAUGGAUUUUCUAAUGGUCCUCCUGCUGAGCUUGGCUGUCUCUCCCGUCUCAUUACUGCCCCCACCGACACUUAUCGGCAUAGACGGUGAAUUUAAGGACAUCUUUGAAAUAAACAAAGAUUUAAACCUUUACCAAGGAGAUAUCAUGGUGGUGAACAAGCCGCUUACAAAGAGUGCGAUUCUGAGUAACAACUACCGGUGGAAUGGGUACAUUCCCUAUGUGCUGAAUAACAGCCUGAGCAUAAACGACAAAGGAGUUAUUUUAAGAGCUUUCGAGCAGCUGAGACUGAAAGGAUGCAUCGACUUUAAGCCGCGGACAACAGAAACCGACUACGUCUCUGUGGAAGCACAAACCGGGUGCUGGUCGUAUAUCGGGAGGAUCGGUGGGAGGCAGCAGCUCUCUAUUGGAAGUGGGUGUGGCUACAUCGGUAUUGUGGAGCACGAGUUUCUUCACUGUCUGGGCUUCUUCCACGAACAGAGCCGAUAUGAUCGAGACGACUACGUGACAAUCCAUUAUGAAAACAUCCCUGCAGUUCAGAAACAUAACUUUGACAAAGUAAGUGAGGCGCAAAGCACCGUGCAGGGAACUCCCUAUGACUACAGGUCUCUGAUGCACUAUGGACAAUACGAUUUCAGCAAUACAAGUGGACCCACCAUCAUCACUAAAGACGUUAAGUUCCAAACCUUCAUUGGUCAGCGCUAUGACCUGAGCCCUUUGGAUGCAGUCGAACUCUACAACCUCUAUAAAUGCAAUGAAUCCAUCUCCUUUCUGGACCGCUGUAGCUUCAAAGACGGCACCUGCCAGAUGGCUACCUGCUCCUCUGCUAAUGCUGGGAACUGGCAGAUUGUGAGCAACGUUUCUGGAGGUCCAUCUAGUGAUCAUACCAACCUGCCGCCCAUGGAUAAUCUGACUCUGUUCAUAAACAACAUUUCCUCAGAGCCGCCUUUCUUCAUGCACUUCAGCACGAAGACUGGACAGCCCGGAGACUCGGGUCGACUGGAGAGCAGAGAGAUGACCCCCCGCAGAUCCUGCAAUGUCCAGUGCCUGGAGUUCUUCUACUAUCACAGUGGAAAUGAGACCGACCAGCUCAACAUCUGGAUCCGAGAGUACCAGAGUGCUUAUGAUACUGUAGGAACCCUCAGGCUUAUGGACCAGAUUACAGGACCGCCCACUGAUCACUGGCAGUUCCGCCUCGUGCCAUUGGACGCGAGUAAGACGUUCCAGGUGGAAUUUGAGGCACGGAAAGGGGACGGAUAUUCCAGAGGAGGUUUCUCUGUGGAUGAUAUCAACCUGUCGGAGACAGAGUGUCCUCAUAGCAUAUGGCAGAUCAACAACUUCAUGGAGGCUUGGAACAAAACUGUGAAUGCACAAUAUCUGUUCAGUCCACUGUAUUACUCAGCGGAAGGUUAUCGCUUUCAGCUACAUCUGUUAAUGACUCCUAGCAGUAUUGGCCUCUAUAUACGGUUAGUGUCUGGAAUCUAUGAUGACCGUUUGCAGUGGCCUUGCUCAUGGAGACAAGUGACUUUCACCUUGCUGGACCAGAACCCCGAUAUCAGAAACCGUGCAUCGAAACAAACAACCUUUACAACGGACCCAACUACCUUAUAUGAUGGAAAGCCAGUGUGGGGCCGGCCAAGUGAAGCCGGAUCACCAGUCUUCUGGGGGUUUCCAACUGUCUUGGAUAAAGCACAUUUUGGUGACAGGGAGUUUGUCAAAGGUGGUGACCUCAUCAUCCUCGCCAGCAUGCAAGAUCUCUCACCCCUGCAGCAGAGCGACACCUUGCCCUGCACCAGUGUUCCAGUGAUGAACGUCAGUAGUGUCCCUCUGGGUGCUCAAAAGGAAGCAUGUGUUGCAAGGAGUCUUACCACUAGAACUCCAGCCACGAGCACAACUACACCUUCAGACAAAAACGGAGAGUGUCUGGACAUCUUUUGUUCCAGUGCUGAUAUUGUUCAUCCUUCAGUCGUCCUCCUGCUGGCACUGGUUCUAAUGCUAGUGAACUCGCAGCUAAAUCUUCUAUAUUAGCCAGAGCUGGCGCUAAUAGCUAACACAAACGCUGUUACUAAUAUUACUAAAACUGCUGCUUUACCACUUUCUCUAACAAUCAACCAAUCACAAAUCACCAAUAAUGUGAAUGUACAGUACUGUGCAAGAGUUUAAGGCACCAAGGCAAAUGACACUAAUCCAUUCAUCUCAGCAUUAUGAUUUCUUAGCAAUUAUGAUUUAAACAGAUGCAAAUAAACCUGCAUACAAUAAAACGUAACAAGGAAGUAUGCUAUUUAUAUCCUGUGAGCCGAGCUGAAGAACAAAAUGUAGAGAUUCCAGAUUUCUGCUGGAUGCUCCUCAGCCAGCAUGUACUGUAUAUUAUGUUGAGUUCUGUCAGCAGCUCACCUGAUUUACCAAAUUUACCAAUGUACCAAACCAGGUGUUGAUUAAUAUGAUGAGAACUAAAAAUAACUCUAUUAAACUCAGAUUAAGAGGAGAGAUUAGGAGAUGUUUCAUUAAGAAAAAUGGGGCCGUAAAAGCUCGGCUUUUUGUAUAAUUGCUGUUUGUAUGGAUUGUAAUGCUAAAUGCCAAAAAACAUUUGCACAACACUGUAUGUACAGUUCUUAGAGCUUAGAAUCUCUGCCAGAACCCAACCCGACCCAAGGCCCGACCCGAACUUCAUAUAAAUCUAUGACGUGAUAGUCAUAAUACUGCAAAGUGGGUUUUUUUUGUGCACUUAGGCUAUAAGCUCAAUAUAAAACAGUUUGUUUAGAAAGUGUUUUCUAUUCGUAAACCAUGUUAAAUUAUGUUAGAUUGCAGGGAAAUUUAUUCAGACAUUAUUCUUGUAUUUUUCAGACUUUUAACAUUUCGGAGAUAACACUGCUCUUAGGUCUAUGCUUCUUCAGUGUUGCAAUGUAAAUUAACAGCAUUCUGAACAGAUUUCGCUCAACCCGAAAAUGUUUUUUUUAAAAGCUCAGUUUUAACGCUUUACUUACUCAAAAAAAUGUCGGGUUUAAAUCGGGCUCAGGCUCAUAUUAAAGGUGUAUAGGGCGGGGCCGUUGGGGCUCGAUAUUUUGGGCCCGAUCUAAGCUCUAAAAGUUCUUAUUAAUUGAUCAUAUCUGAUUAAAUCAUUUAGCUGGAUGUGGUGUUUUCAAUUACAUUUGUGUACUUUAAUCAUUUAGUCCUCAUCUUGACUGUUAACUGCAAUAUCUGUAUAUCAUUCUUUCCAAAGACUUACGAAAGCUUAAUAAACAGCAGGUUUCUUGUCUGAAAUUUGUACAAAAAAAAAAACGU